GACUUCUGAUCAAGUCUUAAAUGCAUUUCUAGAUGAAUGCUAUCCCCAAAGCAAGUUAUUAAUUACCUCUGACACACAGAAAAAGCAACUAAACAAAAGUUGGUAAAAUUAAAUAAUACACCCAAAAACACUUGAAACAUACCAUAAGUGCUUCUUUUCCUUGGAGUAGUUGGUUUCUUUCUUCUUCUUUUCAGCUUAUUGUUUAAGCAAAAAGGUCAUAUAUUUGAUAUCAUGAAGGUUUCUAGCUUCUGUGCUUUGUUCCUUAUGGCUGUGACAGCUUUUGCCUUUUUUGGCUUCAUAAGUGCCACAGGGCCCUCUUUGUUUCCAGAUUUGGUUAAUUCAAGAUGUGGUGAUAAAAUAACACCAAUUGCUGUAAGCAGAAAACUUAAGGAAAAUGUCCAUGGGAUUAAAAGCAGCAAAAAAGUCGAUAAAGGCGAUCAAGUAACACUUGAAGAUUACAAUCCAGUUGAUCCAUCACCAGAUGCAGCAAAAAAUGUUAAUCCAGGACCAAUUGAGCAUGGAACUCCUUUUAUGCCAUUCAUUCCAAAAUCUCCACCUCCUAGUCAACCUACACCUGGUCAAGAUGACUAUAAUUAGUCAUAACUUGUUAAUUUCAUUAUGCUAGAAGAAGCAAUACUAAGAUUGUAAUAAUACUAGCUAGUGUUAUGAACACUAUGUAACAUUUUAUCUAAAAAGAGGCUUCCAAAAAAGUAUGUUGGGUGGCAUUUCUCAUGCUCAAUAGUCAAGACUGUUAUCUUGUCUUUAGUUUGCACAGGUUUGUUUGAUAUAUUUGCUCUGUAAUCUUUGGUUUGUCAUGUGUUAUUGUUCUUAUUUUUAAUUUGGCAUAUCUUUGUAAAGUA